CGACAUCAAGUGUCAAGCGCCUACCACCCAGAGUCGCAGGGCGCGCUGGAGAGAUUCCACCAGACGUUGAAAAACAUGGUCCGCAUUUACUGUCAUGAGACGGAUGACCAGUGGGAUGAAAUGGUUCCGCUGUUGUUGUUUGCUGCUAGAGAGAGUGUGCAGGAUACUCUGGGGUUUAGCCCAUUUGAGCUUGUGUUCGGCCAUGAGAGUAUGUGAACUGGCAAGAGCGAACCUCGGUGAGGCCCAGAGACGGAUGAAGACGCGGUACGACAGAGAUGCUCAGUCACGAUCCUUUUCACCUGGAGAAAGAGUACUGGUCUUCCUUCCCGUCCCUGGGCAGUCACUGAAGGCGCGUUAUUUUGGACCAUGUACCGUGGAGAAAAAGCUAAGUGACCUGAAUUAUGUAAUUCAGACUCCAGUCACGACUUUGCCAUAUUAAUCAGAUUAAGAAAUAUGUAGAACGCAAUAAACGGCCUAUAGAAGAAUGUAAGGAUGGCAAUGCAGUCAUGGUGAAUGUGAUGAAUGUUAUUAAUGAUGGCGAGAAAGAUGAAGAUCCCCUUGUUGAUGUGCCUCACUCUAAAUUAAUGAAUUCAGAUAUUCUUAAUAAUCUAAAAAAUAAGUUUUCUCAUCUAGAUUCUUCGAAACAGCAACAGCUGAAUAACUUGCUUUUGGAUUUUUCUUGUCUGUUUUCUGAUGUUCCGGGUCGGACGAAUUUAAUGCAU